UUUCCUCAAGGGAUUUGCGAUGAUGUACCCCAGCAGAGGUACCUGUGCAGCAACUGUAAUAACGUACUGAAUGAGGCACGUCAGACUUUGUGCGGCCACCACUACUGCCUCGCUUGUGUUAAUUGGUUAGUGAGGCACAACAACAACCUUGUUUGCAAGAUGUGCAAAGAAGAGGAUCCGAGCUCAGAGAGUGAAACAAGCAGACUGACAUCAGACAAUUUAUUUCAUGAUGCUGCCAUCAAUAAGGAGAUCUUGGAGUUGAAAGUGCAUUGUGCUAACCAAGGCUGCUCCUGGAGGAGUAUUCUCAAGGACUUUGAGGGGCACCAGGAGCAGUGUGAGUAUGCCCUGAUCCCCUGCAACAUUGGCUGUGGUCACAUGGUGCUGCGAAAGGCCUUGGCCUGUCACCUGGAGAAGGCCUGUCCAAACAACAUGUCAGUGUUCCCCGCAUGCUGCCUCUCUAUGGGCCCCUCAGAGCUACAGAUCUCUCGUGUAGCUAUCGAUUCCAUGAAGAAGAAAAAAACAGUAGGCCUACAUCUUACUGUUUCUCUCAACAUCUUCAGCAUUUAUGUGUGUUGUUUUACAGAAGCACUCAUGUCACAGUCCUGGGGAGAAAAAAAACAAAAGAAAAAUCCUCUUCCAGGUUCCAAAAGGCAAGACUCUUGUGUUUUCUCUGAAGUUGGUUGCACAUUUAAGGGGACCACAGAGAAGGUGAGAGUGCAUGAGAACAGUAGCCAUGUCAGCUACCUUCAGCUCCUGCUGCGUGCCACCACCACCAACAGCAGUGACCUAAAGUUCUCCCCACUGACAGCUUCUGCCCCAGGCAAGAAGAACAGGGCUAUGGUUGAGCAGCUGCCCCAGCUCAGAGAGGCUCUUUCUGACUUGAAAAUCCACUGGGACAUGGGGCUGUCGGAGGGGGAGCUGGAGGCGGAUGGAAGGGACGGAGGGGACGGAGGGGAUAGCUCGGCAGGCCACAGCCUGCGAGAUGAUGACCAGGUGACCAUCCUCCUGGACGUAGGGCGGCAGAUAGACACACUGCAGCAGAGGGUCCAGAUAUCGGAGAACAUCAUCUCUGUCCUGAACAGGGAGGUGGAAAAGACCCAGCUGAGCGUGGAGGCUUUGGAGAGGGUGAACCAGAGCAGCCAGGACAUGAUUCAUCAAUUAGAAAUAAAGGUGACAGAGCAACAGCACAGACUGGCCAGGAAAGAUCUGGUCAUCAGCUCCCUGAAAGAAAGCCUCCGUGCCCUCCAGGAGGUCUCCUAUGACGGCACCUUCAUCUGGAGGCUGUCUGACCUCAGCUCCAAAAUGAAGGAGGCCAUCUCUGGCCAUGGGAAUAGGCCUAACCUGUACUCUCCUGCAUUCUACACAACCAGGUAUGGAUUCAAGGUGUGCAUGAGGCUGUAUCUGAAUGGUGACAGGGUGGGAAAAGGCACUCAUAUCUCUGUUUUCUUUGUGAUCAUGAAGGGGGAGUAUUAUCCCCUCCUCUCAUGGCCAUUCAAGCACAAGGUCACCUUCUUUCUGCUUGAUCAGAAUCACAGAGAACAUGUGAUUGACGCCUUCAGACCAGAGCUAACCUCCUCAUCCUUCCAAAAGCCUGUCUCAGAUAUGAAUGUGGCCAGUGGUUGCCCGCUUUUCUUCCCCCUUGGUAAACUUUGCUCGCCUAAGCAUGCCUAUUGUAAAGACGACACGAUCUUCAUCAAGUGUGUUGUUAACACUUAAUCCUGACCCAUGCUUCAAAUAAUGUAUUUUUUUAUGCUUUUUGUUUUGCAUAUAAAUGUACGUAUAUUUAAUAUAUUCUUUGAAUAGCGACAAAAGAAACACACUGAAUUAUAUCAACCACUCAAGUGUUUUCGAAAAAUGUACAAUUGGUACAGUAAGACAUGGUACCAAACACUCUCAGGUAACAUUUUGAAGAUUUUGAUGUACACAUUAAAUGAAAUGGGUGCCUCUACAAGCUACUUGCUUACCAUUAUUAAAACUGAAUAGGUGCAGGCC